GCCGCUUGAUAACGCUCAAGAAUUACCACUUUGUUUAUGUGAAGCUCGUGAGGAAUAGUGAGCGGUGAGCAUCUGCUUCUCCACGGGAUCUUUUCUUCUGCUGGCAGUCUGAACACAGCGCUGUUGCCAUGACAACAGACGAGGCGGAGAGUCACCAGAAGAAGCCGAGGCAGCAGGAGGAAGCCGGCCAAGACGCCAGGCCGCCCUCACCGGAGGAGGAGCAGCUCCGGCCCCGCAACCGCAACUCUGCCGGCCGCGGCCUCUCCCGCCUCUUCUCCUCCUUCCUGAAGAGGCGCUCGCAGUGUGAGAGUGAGGCGGGAGAGAAGAACGACAAGGAAGAAGAAGAAGCUAAAGCCCCCAUCGCUGACCCUGAACCUGAACUGAGGACCGAGGGAGAGGUCGCCCUGGACCAGCACUCAGUGAGCAGUGCUGAGGCUCAGGCUCUCCAGGUAGAGAAGAAAGAAGCUGAGGAGGAAGAGGGCGGAAAGGACAAAGAGAACGACAAGGAGAAAAGAGAGGAGGCUACCCUGGAGAAGGAGGACAAGGAGAAGGAGGAGGAGGAGAAGGAGAAGGAGUCUGGUCCUGAAGGAGGCCAAAAGAGAGAGGAGGAGGAGGAGGAGAAGGAGGAGGAGGAGGAGAAGACGACAGAGGAGGAGGACAAAGCUCCCAGAGCUCCACGCCGACCUAAGACCAUGCAGAUCAAAGUCACCCUGCUGGAUGACACUCUCUAUGAGUGUGAGCUGGAUAAACAUGCAAAAGGUCAGGAGUUGUUCAUGAAGGUGUGUGACCACCUCAACCUGCUGGAGAAAGACUACUAUGGCCUGGUCGUCUGUGAGACAGCCACCAUGAAGACUUGGAUGGACCUAACCAAGGAGAUCCGCAGGCAGGUACAAGGUGCCGUCUAUAAUUUCACCUUCAAUGUGAAAUUCUAUCCACCAGACCCAGCCCAGCUCUCUGAAGACAUAACAAGGUACUACCUGUGUCUCCAGCUGCGGAAGGACAUCCUGCAGGGCCGCCUUCCCUGUUCCUUUGUCACCCUGUCCCUGCUGGGCUCCUACGCCCUGCAGUCGGAGCUGGGCGAGUACGACCCAGAGGUGCACGGAAACGAAUACACCAAGGAUAUGAAAAUGGCCCAGGGUCAGACCAAGGAGCUGGAGGACAAAAUGAUGGAGCUUCACCGUACAUACAGGUCAAUGAGUCCAGCCCAGGCAGACCUGAUGUUCCUGGAGAACGCCAAGAAACUCUCUAUGUACGGAGUUGACCUCCACCAGGCCAAGGAUCUGGAUGGUGUUGACAUCAUGCUGGGGGUUUGCUCCAGUGGUCUGAUGGUUUACAAAGACAAGCUGAGGAUCAACCGUUUCCCCUGGCCCAAAGUCCUAAAGGUCUCAUACAAACGUAGCAGCUUCUUCAUCAAAAUAAGACCAUCCGAGGUGGAACAGUAUGAGAGUGCAAUUGGCUUCAAACUACCCACUUACAAGGCAGCCAAGAAGCUGUGGAAAGUGUGUGUGGAACAUCACACCUUCUUCAGGCUGACCUCCACUGAGAUGGCCACCACUCCUAGGAAGUUCCUGGCAUUGGGCUCCAAGUUUCGCUACAGUGGUCGGACUCAGGCUCAGACCAGACAGGCAAGCUCUAUGAUCGACAGACCGGCUCCUCUGUUCCAGCGCUCCUCCAGCAAGAGGAACUCACGCAGCCUGGAUGGAGCCAUGGCCUCCACUCCCGACAAUAAAUCCACUCGUCCGGUCAGCGCCCCUGUUAUGUCUCCGGUGUCUCCUGGGGAGGCGACUCACUCUCCGCUGCUCCCCGCCCUCCUUCGCUCUGUCCACCGUGACGGCUCCACAGGGAAAGGCCGGCGCUCUGCAAACAGGAAGGCAGAGGUAAAGGCAGAGAGUCAGCAAGUCGAGUACACCAAGAGCCACAGACCAGAGUCCACUCCAGAGAUCAAGACAUUGGCCAGGAGAGAGCGGAGGCACUCCCCCUUUGUGACCACCGCCAAUGGGGAAAGAGAGAAAAAGAGCCAGCACUCUCCUCAGGACAAAACAAAGACGGAGAUGGUGCGAGUGAGGAAGAAAAGAGCUAAGAAACUUGAGGGUGAAACUAUUUAUAUCAGACAUAGCAAUUUAAUGUUGGAGGACCUGGAUAAGACACAGACUGGCAUCAUGCGUCACCACACUAGCAUCAGUGAGCUGAAGAGGAGUUUCAUGGAGUCUGUGCCGGAGCCUCGGCCCAGUGAGUGGGACAAGCGUCUGUCCACCAACUCGCCUUUCCGCACAGCGAGCUUCAACGGCCAGCUGCAACCAGCGCGAGGAAGGCAGACUCUGUUCGGACACAAGGUAAGAGCAUAUAGCUUGUCCCCAGCGCCAGUGGGACCACCGCUGUACAGAAAUGACUGCCUACUGGAAGACGAUGAGGAGGACAGUGAGGUUGAUUGGGAUUGGGUUGAUGAUGAUGAGGAGGAAGAGGAGGAAGAACAAGCUCAUGGUCACACUCUAAAAGUGGCUAUCAAUGUGCCAGAUGAGGGGAGGACCUUGGUUAACCCAUGUGAGCUAAAUGCAGCCAGGCUCAAGCAUUCCCGGAUGUCUUUCUUUCUGUCAGGGCUGCUGGUGAUGGCCCUGACCAUGCUGUGGCUGGCCUUCAUUUAAAAGACAAAUAAAUGGGGAGAUUCCUGAACAUUUAAUCUUGCAAGGUAUCUCGGCCAUCUAGAGACAUUUUUAUUCAAGUGCUGUUUAUUCGCUAUACCUUGAAGUCAUUAUUUCUAUCUGUUCUAUACGCCAACCUUUCUUACAUUCCAUGCACCUCAGUUCAGCUUAAAAUGACCAUACUCAAUAAAUGUUUGUCUUUAAAGACAGCCUUUGUAACUUUUGCUGAACGACGGCCACUGUGGCCACAAAUGUGAGUUUACCCUUGCUUAGCUUUGCCCCAGCUUACUUACUGUAGCUACGCCUAUCAAGCUUUUUACGAUGAUAAUGGUGGCAAAUGUAUUUGUGAAUUAUUUUUUUAUUUACAACAUGCAAAACAGUCUUCUCAGUUUUUACCAAAACUAUCGAUUUUGCCGCCUGAAAUAACAACAGGCUGAUUUGAUCUGUUCUAGCAAGCUAUCUAAUUAACUUUAGCUGACUUCCUUCAGACCAAUACUGAUACUGUAUCAUGCUAAACACACCAGACGAAAAGUCAGUAGCCUAACCAGGUAAUAAACUAUGUAGAAUGCAAGCAAUGCUGUUGUGUUAUGGGAUAGCUAAUUGGCAUAUCAAUACAGUAUAGCAUAAGUUCAAACAACAACAGAGUUGUUCUAAUAUAACCCUGUUCAGAUAUUUACUAUAGAUAAAAAUACUUAGAUAAUCAACACAGAGGUUUGAUUUGUGUUAUGUUACAAGAGGAAAGGCUGUUCAGCUAUAAUUGGACAAUUACCAUUCAGGCAAGGCAUUGAGCAAAAGGUCAAUUAUGAUAUGAUGGUAAAUGCUAAAGUACUUAGAUACAUAAUGCAUAGAGUAAGUAAAAUCACUUGUGUCAAUGCUAUAUCUACCUGUGUUUGCUAACAUUAUCCACCAUUAGCUAAGGGCCAUAUAAGACUGUAACAGCCAAAUCCCUGAGUGAACAAAGUGGUUCCUUUCGCAAAAGUUACAUUGUCUCGCUUAAAGAAAUAGAAAUCAGCAAAAUAGCAUUUAUUUUGUCUUUCUGUGUUCUCGUAUAUGAAACAUAAUCAAACAACCUUCAUGUUUGAAUUCUGCUGGAAAAGGAAAAAGUUGUUACUAAUAACUAUACUAUACAUAAUAAUGUUACAUUUUAAAAUAUAGUAUACUAAAAUGUCACUCUCGAGAUUUAUGUUAUGCAGCCCCUGGACAAUAUUCAGUUAUGUGGCAAAAGUUAAAAAAACAUAUAUAGUCAGUCAGUUGACCAAAGCUGUCAGGCUGUGCAGCAGAGUGCUGUUGUGACUGACAUGCUUCAGUGUUAAUGUUGGACCAAGUAUCAGCAGACAAUCAGGCCCAGUGUAAGUUAAGAAUCCAUUCGUGGAGAAAAGGAAUUACUCAGGAAUGCAUCACAGCAAUUUUAUACUUUUUCCAGUAACAUACAGAGGAACAAAUAUUGAUUCUGACUUUAUUAACACUAAUCCAUGAUUGGGCCAACACUGUAGUCACAACUGUAAUAUGAUGCUGGGAGGGUAAUUCAACAAUGUCAGAGUCAUUAUUUUCGUAUUAGUAUCUGCUUGCCUGACUGUAGUUAAGGUAAUUACUGAGCUAUCUCAAUCUUUGAAGGUUACAGUUAAUACAACAAUUUUGGGAGUGCAGCACGAAUGUAACAACAGUUUGGAAAGAGAGAACAGAAGAAUUGUUGAUUGCAUGACUGUUGAAGGUAUACUUUGUUUGCCUAGCUACAAUAUGCAACUUUUCUCUUUGGCACAGACCAGGCUUAUUGAAAUCCUUCCAAAAGAUGUGUGACUCGUCUUGGAGUCAGCAUUUAUAACAGUAACAUUUCAGACUGUUCAGUUCACUCGAAUGGAAUUACAGCUAUCAGCAGAUCCCAGAUCGCAGAAGCAAAGUAAAUCUGUUUGGAGCUUAACUUUGGUGAUCUUCUGCAUGCAAAUUGAACAAUUGCAUACAGUCUUGACAGUGCUGUUCUUUGAGGGAACAGAGACACGGCUGCCUCCCCCUAUCCAAUUUAAAUGAGCCCUGGUCAGAGUAUUAAAUGCACCACAAUAGAGAUGAUCAGACCACAUAAAGCCAACAGCCAUCUUAAGUUAUCACACAAAUGUGACCGUUGGGUUAUUUGUGCAGUCUGUAUUUAUUCACCCCAAACAGCCAACGUAGCGACGCUACAGGUGUUAGCUGUGGCCUGCGCCUGCUCCAGUUCUUUCUGUUCUUUUUCCAUUUGUCUCUGUAUGUUUAUGAAGUAGAUUCAUAAAAACCCAGGACAGGCACAUUGUCCACUUAAAUGUACUAAAAUCUGCUUCAUGCUCUGUAUGAACACACCGUAAUAAUUCACAUACACUCCCUAAAUGACAAGUGUAACCAAAAUCUCCCAAAAUGAAAAUGAAUAUUAAGGUUUAAGGGUUUUGUGGAGUUGGAUCUUUUUCUAAAAAGCCAGAAGAAUGUUUGACACUCAAAUGAAUGUUUUGAUACAUGGUGACGAGGAAUGAGAAGAAAGUGUAACUUUAGCCUCAGAAUAACGGCUUAAAAUCCAAUUUCUUACUGUGGUCGCUCUCUCCAGCAUUAUUUUGCAAGUUUGAUUAUCACAGGGUCUACACUGGUACAUACUACCUCCAGGAAAUAGCCAUAUGCUUGCACUCUAAAGUCUUACAUUGACAAAGGCUUUUGUCUUCUCCUAUCUACCGACUAACUGCCAGUCAUGAAAACGGAAUCAUUACAGCCUUAAAGAGUGCUACAAACGCACUGUCUGACAAACUUAAGCUUGUCAGUGCAGGUGGGGACUGACUGAUGCAUGUUUUCCUCUUGGGCUUAUCAUAUCUGGGUAUGCUCCUUGCUGAGGUUCAGUACUAGAAACCCGUAUACUCAACCAGUCGGACUCAACUCGGCUGCUGCUGAUACAGCUCUCAUAUACAGUAUAUGUACUGCCCUCAACACUUCCCAUACAUGCCAAAUUGCUGCCUGUAUGCCAAAGAAUACUGAAGACACGGAGCAGAUUCAUUCAUGUAACAGAGUCAGACCGUAGUCUCAGUGCUAGUUAGUAUGUUAGCAUGUUAGCCUGUUAGCCUGUAGAUACUUUUUCCGCUGUCUACCGACUUUGAAGAGACUUGCUGCUGCAGUUUGGUCAUUUCUUAUUUCUGCUACUGUCUUGAUUCAACAUACGUACAUACGAGUUGGUGGAUAGUUUUAUUUACUAUAAGCAUUAUACACACGUAGCAUCAACACAAUUGUCACAGUAAUGUGUUUCAUCUUUAUGUAGCCUACAGCUUAUUAUUUUGGGAUGAUAAUGAAGCAUAAACUCUACGUCCACUUGAUACCUGCACUUCCUGUGCGUGUGCACUGCACUCAGGUUUUUAUAACCUAGCAUCAUGCAGGAGUUUGUACAAGACCAUGAAUCAGAAACUGAGACUUUAAUCUUGAACUUUAUUAGCAUUUGAAUGUUAAAACUGUCCAAUAUAAUCUGACUCUAACAUCAAUUUACUACACACCGUUUACACAUAAAGUCUUACAACGAGUAGAAAAAAAUUAUCAAGUACUAAAAGUUGGCAUUGGAAGUAUUCUCAGAUUUGUAAUCUUAUUGUUUAUUCUUUGAUCAGAUAUUUCCUAAUUUAAUUUGACACUUUUUAUCAAUGCAAAGUUCUAGUAUUGCUGUUUGUAUUUAAUAUUUAACAUUUAAAGGACCUCGGCUUCCAUAAACAUUUUGGGUAGUACUUUAUUUAAAGGAUUAUGCGUAAGACUGAAGGAGUCAUUAUGGAUGUUUAUGACUUGAAGUGUCAAUUUUAAUGCAAAGUUGAAAUUGUUUGAGAUGUCUGUUAUUACUACUUGACAUAAAUCAAGGAAAUAUUACCUGUCAAUGUCUUUGUCAUAAGAACCUGACAUUAACUAACACAACACAUCCUGUCAGAAACAUGUCAAAGAAGGAAUUAUCAGACCUAAAGAAACUAUUCAGCUUUAUGUUUUAACAUUACAUUGAACAGUUAUAUGUGCAUGGUUUUGUUGGCUUCCAUGAGACCAUUAUAAUUGUGUCAUGAAUAUUUUCCUUGACCACAACUACAGUGGAACAAUUUGGACUCGUCAUUAAAAUGUCAGUUAGUGUUAGUGGUUUUUUAUUAGCCGCACCCACCCAACCUGUUAUGAGAGCCAAUCUGCACCGACCCCACCCGCAAGAAAUAUGCCAACUUUAUUCGUGAUAGUGGCACAAUUGUCAGGACUGAGGUCUGAGACAGGGACAGAAAGAGAGAGAUGCAAUGUUUUAUUAAUAACUAAAUAUGUCAUUGAGUGACAACAUCUCAAUACCUUAAACAAUGUCCACUUUGCAUUAAACUUAUGACAUAAUUGACCGAAUGACAUAUAAUUAGUCAUAAACAUUCAUAAAGACUCCUUCAUGGUCACGACAGGUGUCAUGUCAGUCUAAUGCACAUUCAAAAAACAUGUUCCUAUUUGUAAAAGUAAAGUAUCGAAAAAGUAUUGUUGUUGUAUAAGUACCAAACCUCGGUUAUUGUGUGGGCAGGAAACCCAGUCCUGCGCACAAUAAAGGCACCCUCGGCUUUGUUUUUCACAUACUUGCCUUAACUAUAGAUCCAGGCUUUGGCUGAGUAGCAUUUCUGUUGUCACAUGAUAGAUGCUGCGGGCUACUGUGAUUCUCUUUCUGCUAAUAGUAGCUAUAUUUCAAUUGUUAUUCAGUUUGAAAAGUUGCAUAUUUAGCUUUAAAUCUGGUCUGUGUAUGUGUUUUGAUGUGGUUCAUUUGUCAAUGCUGGAAGUACUGUGUGUUGAUGCACUCAGUGUGGCACUAAGUGUCAUCUUAGUGGACCAUCAUCUUUCAUUGUAUCUCCCUUUAACACCCCAUCAUUUUAGUGUUGUGGGACUUCCACAAUUUCAAGGCUCAGAACCAAACAUUUCUUUAGUUUCCUGAGAAAUGUUUCAGGUUUGUAAAGAUUAUUAUAAUUGUACAUGAAUUAAGUUUUAGUUCACUGUCAUUACACUUUGUAGCAAUUAGUUGGCUUUACUUUAUUUGCAUCACUAAACCAUCUAAUAAGAAAUAAACAUUUAUCAUGGAUUCUUCAACAUACAUUGUAAGAUUAAUAAAUAUUUUAUCCAUAGUAAAGAUGAUGCAAAGAGCCUUUGAAAUGAUGACAGGUCAUUUGAGAAUUUACUCAUUUUUAGUAGUAUGACUGGAUCUAAAUGAAGCCUAAGUAUAAUGUUUACCCUUUGAAAUGUUGGUGGGAUUAACAUAAUUCAAGCUGUAAUAUGUCUUUACAACUUUUACAACACUGCUAUUUAACUAAAUAUAUCCAUGAAAUAUUGUGCAUGUUCAGUAAAUAUACUCAUGGUGGGUGUGUGCACAUCUGUAUGACCUGCGUAUGGGUCAGUGUCAUUGGAUUUUUGGAUAAUUCUGAAUCUGUAAGCCUGUACUUUUCACUGUGAUACUAAAGAAACAUUUAAGUUGUUUUUCAUUGUCUACUGAUGGACUUUCUCUUAUUCAGCCAAUGGAUUUAUCUAAUCUUUCUUGCUAUAUUGUGACUUUUCCAGUAUUCAUUUAAAGCUACAGUAAGAAUGUUAUAGGUACUAAAAAAUAAUAAAUGCAUCAAAUCUGUCGUGUACAUUUGAACAUGUAUAAUACAAUUCGU